AUAUGUUAUACCACAGAUGUAACACUCCAGGGUCACUUCGAUUUUGAGGAUGGGUGGUGAUAAAGCGCUCCAAGAAAGACGAAAAAGAUACGAAAAGAUUGGUUUUCUCGGUGAAGGACAGUUUGCUACUGUUUACAAAGCCAAAGAUACCCUCAACAAUGACAGAAUUGUAGCAGUGAAAAAGAUCAAAGUUGGCACAAGAGCGGAGGCAGCAGACGGCAUCAACAGGACAGCUCUCCGAGAGAUCAAACUCUUACAGGAAAUAGCUCAUCCGAACAUCAUUGGUCUGUUAGAUGUAUUUGGACACAGAUCAAAUGUCAGUUUAGUUUUUGAUUUCAUGGACACAGACCUAGAGGUCAUCAUAAAAGAUACCAAUAUCGUCCUGACUAAUUCAUAUAUCAAAAGUUACUUACUGCAGACAUUUAAGGGAUUGGAGUACCUCCAUAAACACUGGAUUUUGCAUAGGGAUAUGAAGCCAAAUAACUUACUUCUCAACGAACAUGGUGUCCUGAAGAUAGGAGAUUUUGGUCUCGCCAAGUAUUAUGCCUCGCCUAAUAGAGUCUAUACUCAUCAAGUUGUGACAAGGUGGUAUCGUUGUCCCGAACUCCUUUUUGGUGCUAGAAUGUAUGGAACUGGUGUGGAUGUGUGGGCAGCAGGAUGUAUUGCUGCAGAACUCUUACUAAGAGUGCCAUUCCUCCCUGGAGAGACAGAUCUGGACCAAUUGAGUAGAAUCUUUCAGGUGAUGGGAUCACCUGACGAGACGACUUGGCCGAACAUGACCAAGCUACCUGACUACAUCAAAUUCAAAGAACAGUCGUCGCAACCCCUGGAUCAGAUAUUUACUGCCGCUGGAAAAGAUCUUAUUGCAUUUCUAGAGAGCAUGUUGUGUUUAGAUCCUAUUAGAAGAUGCACUGCCACUGAGGCCUUGAAAAUGCCGUACUUUGGCAAUAAACCCCCACCAACCCCUGGUCACCUCCUCCCCAAACCAUACAAAGCCCCUGAGCCACAACCACAGCCUGUUAGCCUCAAAAGAAAGUUGUUGGAGGAGUCGGAUUCGGCUUGUGCAAAGAAACUGAUGUUUUGAGCAGUUUGCGUGAAAGUGAGAGCAUUCAGCAUCUUGGACUGUGAUCUGAACAUUUGACUGCCAGAAACUUGAUCAACAUUGUUUUGGGAGAGUUUGAGACUUCACGUACUGGGGUGAUUGUAUGAUUAAAUAAUGCUAAUUCAAAGACAAU